AUGGAAGACCUCAACACUUUGAGGAUAAAGAAACAAAUGCUCCUCAUUGAGCUAUCUGCAAUUGAGCAGAAAAUCAACUUGUAUGAACAAGUAACAACGGUCACCAAUGUACCGGAAAGCGAAAGCUUAAAAACAAAGGCUAUUCCAGUGCAAACGGCACCUGGUAAAGAAUCGACAAAUCCGUUGAAAGCUGAUGCUUUGCUAAAAAGCAUAAUAAAGGAGACAGCUACUCCUCUUCCUGAAGGAAAAACUAGCUUAUUGGUUAACCCCAAUCCUUGUACUGAAGGAAUCAGUAAAAUGACAACUUUGUCACCCACCAACAAAUCUGUGCAGGAAAAUGAAGCAUCUGCAAGAUUAAGCCUUGCCACCUAUCAAGAUGAUACAAGCAAAACUAACCAACCACUUCUUCGACCAAAAAUCCAAAAAGUCAAAGAAGCUCACAGAGACCAAAGGUUUGACGUUCCAAUUGACGUUCAACAAACGGUUAACUAUCCGGAAAUCUCUUUUGAAGAUUUCAGAACAAUCUGGAAGAAAGCAAGAGCUGCAUGCCCAGAAGAUCUUCUUUAUGAAAAGUUUUUCACUACGGAUAAGAAGACAAAAAGUCUGUUCAACUUCCUCGAAGGAGCAGUAGCAAAUUUAGUCUACCAAGCCUUUCAAGCUGGACUAAUCGACAAUAUCUACCCAAGUUGCAACCUUCAAGAACUCAAAUUCUUCCCAAGCAGCAUGGUAGAAUCCAUUAAGAACUUUCGAAAGAAAGUACUUAAAGCAAAAGAUAACCCGAUCUACAUCAGAUGCAUCUCUUCACUCCCAGAAUGGAUUCAAGAAUCAACUCUUUCUUCAUACCAUUUUCUGGAAAUUGGUCUUUCUAAAACCAAUAGAGAAAUUGAACAAUCUCGACCAAUGGAGGAUAAAGAUCUACCAUUCACAGAAAUUCUUCAUCCCAAUCGCAUCAAUGGGUUAAGAAGAAUCUCAGAAAAAAUCAUUGAGAUUAUCUCUAGUUCAAAAAAGAAGAUUAAUUAUACCAACUCACAUUGUAUAAUUACAAGCUGGAGUUACAACACCAGUCAAGAAGAUCUUCGUCAAGCCUCUAUGUUUGGCGAAAAAUUCAUGAACAAUACCAUGGAAGUCUCCAACGCUACACACCAACACUUCUGCCGACAUGCAGAACAACUUUUCGAAGAACAUCUCUGUCACUUUUGCGAAAGCAAAGAUUCGGAGACAAAGGAGGGGCCCUCCUCUGAAGAUGACAAAUCCUCAUCAUGUUAA